AAAUACUUCAUUUGAGUAAUAACAACUUCACUGGUUCCUUAGAUUGUUUAAGUGAAAUGAAAAAAUUAAGUUAUCUUAAUAUUAGCAAUACUGACCUUAAUGAAGUAAAUAUGGAUAAAUUACCUAAGGAAGAUUUUAUGAAUAUGGGUUUUGUCAAAAAUGUCAAAAAAAUAAUACCAGUAAAAAUUGGUGUCAGCCUUGUCAAGAAAAAGAAUGACAA